UGCUGGUGGAGCCUCUGACCUGCAUCGCUACAGCAGCAGCGGCAGCAGCAGCAGCAGAGUCUCUCCUGUCACCACCGGGACUGCCUGUCCUCAGAGGCAGUGUGUACAGCAAUAAACAGUCGCACUUACAGACCGACGACCAGCAGACAACAUGGUGAACUUCACGGUGGAUCAGAUCCGCGCCAUCAUGGACAAAAAGUCCAACAUCAGAAACAUGUCUGUGAUCGCCCACGUGGACCACGGGAAGUCCACGCUGACAGACUCGCUGGUGUCCAAGGCGGGGAUCAUUGCUUCAGCCCGUGCGGGAGAGACCCGCUUCACAGACACGCGCAAAGACGAGCAGGAGCGCUGCAUCACCAUCAAAUCAACGGCCAUCUCCUUGUAUUACGAGCUCGGAGAGAAUGACUUGGCGUUCAUCAAGCAGGGCAAAGAUGGAAAUGGCUUCCUGAUCAACCUGAUUGACUCUCCGGGUCACGUUGACUUCUCGUCCGAGGUCACGGCUGCCCUCAGAGUAACUGAUGGAGCCCUGGUGGUGGUGGACUGUGUGUCAGGUGUAUGCGUGCAGACUGAGACCGUGCUGCGUCAGGCCAUCGCCGAGCGCAUCAAGCCGGUCCUGAUGAUGAACAAGAUGGACCGAGCCCUGCUCGAACUGCAGCUGGAGCCGGAUGAGCUUUUUCAGACGUUCCAGCGCAUUGUGGAGAAUGUCAACGUCAUCAUCUCCACUUACGGAGAAGACGAGGGGGGACCCAUGGGCAACAUCAUGAUUGACCCUAUUAUCGGUACGGUUGGCUUUGGCUCUGGCCUCCACGGCUGGGCUUUCACCUUGAAGCAGUUUGCUGAGAUGUAUGUGGCUAAGUUCGCUGCUAAAGGAGUUGCUCAGCUUGGACCAGCAGAGAGGUGUAAGAAAGUGGAGGACAUGAUGAAGAAACUCUGGGGAGACAGAUAUUUUGAUCCAAGUGCGGGCAAAUUCACUAAGACCGGCACUGGACCUGAUGGUCAGAAAUAUCCUCGUACAUUUUGCCAGCUUGUUUUGGAUCCAAUCUUCAAGGUGUUUGAUGCCAUCAUGAAUUUCAAAAAGGAGGAGACAGCCAAACUAAUUGAAAAGCUGGACGUCAAACUGGACUCAGAUGACAAGGACAAGGAGGGGAAGCCCCUGCUGAAGGCUGUUAUGCGUCGCUGGCUGCCUGCCGGAGAGGCCCUGCUCCAGAUGAUCACCAUCCACCUGCCCUCCCCCGUCACCGCACAGAAAUACCGCUGUGAGCUACUCUACGAGGGGCCGGGAGACGACGAGGCUGCCAUGGGUAUUAAGAGCUGCGAUUCCAAGGCUCCUUUGAUGAUGUACAUUUCAAAGAUGGUACCAACCACCGACAAGGGUCGUUUCUACGCCUUUGGCCGUGUGUUUUCUGGCUGCGUGUCAACAGGCUUGAAGGUGCGCAUCAUGGGGCCAAACUUUACACCUGGGAAGAAAGAAGAUCUCUACAUCAAACCCAUCCAGAGGACUAUUCUGAUGAUGGGUCGGUAUGUGGAGCCCAUUGAGGAUGUCCCUUGUGGCAACAUAGUGGGUCUUGUUGGAGUGGACCAGUUCCUGGUCAAGACGGGGACAAUCACCACCUUUGAACAAGCCCACAACAUGAGAGUGAUGAAGUUCAGUGUGAGUCCUGUGGUCAGAGUUGCCGUGGAGGCCAAGAAUCCCGCAGACCUGCCCAAGCUGGUGGAAGGCCUGAAGCGUCUGGCCAAGUCCGACCCCAUGGUGCAGUGCAUCAUUGAAGAGUCCGGAGAGCACAUCAUCGCCGGAGCCGGGGAGCUGCAUCUGGAGAUCUGCUUGAAAGACCUGGAGGAGGACCACGCCUGCAUUCCACUGAAGAAAUCCGACCCGGUGGUUUCUUACAGAGAGACGGUGUCGGAAGAAUCAGACCAGAUGUGUUUGUCCAAGUCCCCCAACAAGCACAAUCGUCUCUUCAUGAAGUCCCGUCCAUUCCCCGACGGCCUGGCUGAAGAUAUCGAGAAGGGAGACGUCUCCGCGCGGCAGGAGCUCAAGGUCCGUGCGCGUUACCUCGCUGACAAGUAUGAGUGGGAGGUGACAGAAGCCAGGAAGAUCUGGUGCUUCGGUCCAGAUGGAUCCGGGCCCAACCUGCUGAUAGACAUGACGAAGGGCGUCCAGUACCUCAACGAGAUCAAGGACAGUGUCGUUGCUGGUUUUCAGUGGGCGACUAAGGAGGGUGCACUGUGCGAGGAGAACAUGCGUGCAAUUCGCUUCGACAUCCAUGACGUGACGCUGCACGCAGAUGCCAUUCACCGCGGUGGAGGACAGAUCAUUCCCACAGCCCGCAGGGUCCUGUACGCCUGCCAGCUCACCGCUCAGCCACGACUCAUGGAGCCGGUCUAUCUUGUGGAGAUACAGUGCCCAGAGCAGGUGGUCGGUGGGAUCUACGGCGUGUUGAACAGGAAACGAGGUCACGUGUUUGAGGAAUCCCAGGUGAUGGGCACUCCCAUGUUCGUGGUGAAAGCGUACCUGCCAGUCAACGAAUCUUUUGGGUUCACGGCUGACCUGCGCAGUAAUACCGGAGGCCAGGCCUUCCCUCAGUGUGUAUUUGAUCACUGGCAGAUUCUCCAGGGAGACCCCAGCGACCCCGCCACCAGACCCUUCCAAGUAGUCGGUGAAAUUAGGAAACGCAAAGGUCUGAAAGAGGGCAUACCCGCCCUAGACAACUACCUGGACAAACUGUAAACACUGAUCCCGGAAUUUAAAAUACCAAAUCGAUCUCUAAACCCUACCCCGUGGGCACUUUAAAAUCUUUGCACAGGCUUAAAGAUUCAUCGCACAAAUUGUUUUGAGUCUGGAAGAGCAGAAACAAUGCUUAAGCUUUCUUCAUAGGCUAGUGGAGGCAACAACAUUUCUUUUCUUUUUGUUUCAUUUCACAGCUACAGUACACCAAGUGCCUAGGGCAAGGGUUUGGGGGAACAAUUGGAUCAUAGUGGUUGUAUUAUCCUCGUUUCUUCUAUUCCUUCACAUCCUCCCCCUUUUACCUCCUACUUAUCUACAAGGAUGGGUGUGUACAGCGCACUGUGAUACUGCUGCAAUAAUGCAUAUUUAAAUGGCUCAUGGCAAGAUAAAACCAUGGAAACCACAUACAGUGUUACAGAAGUCAGACUCACUGAAUUGUUCAGUGGAUGUAAUGAAUAAAAUCAUGAUGAAAAUGUGA